CCACAGACGCGCCGCCAGUCUCCUGAGUGGCGUGCAAGGUGUGUGAAGUGUGCGAGGUCGCGUGAAGCGCGCGUGUUCGAUGUUCGCGCGAAGCCGGUCGAGUGGCGACGCAGCAAGCCGCAGCCAUGCUGGUGCCGCCUGAGAUGAUGACGGCUCAGUCCAAACUGGUGUACCAGAUGAACAAGUACUACAAUGAGCGGGUGGGCAGUCGAAAGGCGCAGAUCGCCAAGACCAUCCACGAAGUCUGCCGCAUCGUGCAGGACGUGCUCAAGGAGGUGGAGCUGCAGGAGCCGCGGUUUAUCUCGUCACUGACCGACUACAAUGGCCGCUUUGAUGGGCUGGAGGUGGUGUCGCCGCAUGAGUUCGAAAUCAUUAUCUACCUCAACCAGAUGGGCGUGCUCAACUUCGUGGAUGAUGGAUCGCUGCCGGGUUGCGCCGUGCUCAAGCUGAGCGACGGCCGCAAGCGCUCCAUGUCGCUGUGGGUGGAGUUCAUUACUGCCUCGGGCUACCUUUCCGCGCGGAAGAUCCGUUCGCGCUUCCAGACACUGGUGGCGCAGGCUUGCGACAAGUGUUCUUACCGGGACUGCGUUAAAAUGAUCGCCGAGACGACGGAGGUGAAGCUGCGCAUUCGGGAGCGCUACGUGGUGCAGAUUACCCCAGCUUUCAAGUGCGCCGGCCUGUGGCCGCGCUCCGCCGCACACUGGCCACUGCCGACCAUCCCGUGGCCGCACCCCAAUGUCGUGGCCGAAGUUAAGACGGAGGGCUUUGACCUGCUCUCGAAGGAGUGCCUCACUCUGCAGGGGAAAAACUCGGCGAUGGAAGGCGACGCAUGGGUGUUGAGCUUUUUCGAGGCCGAGAACCGGCUACUGCAGGGCGGCUGCCGGCGCAAGUGUCUGAGCAUCCUGAAGACCAUCCGCGAUCGGCACCUGGAGCUGCCCGGCAACCCCGUCACUGGGUUGCACAUGAAGACGCUGCUGCUGUACGAGUGCGAGAAGCACCCGCGAGAGCAUGAGUGGGACGAGCCCGCCAUCGGCGACCGCAUCAAUGGCAUUUUUCUACAGCUCAUCUCAUCACUGCAGUGCCGCCGCUGCCCGCACUACUUCCUGCCGCACGUGGACCUCUUUAAGGGCAAGUCGCCCACGGCCAUGGAGAACGCAGCCAAGCAAGUGUGGCGGCUCACACGUGAGAUGCUCACCAACUCGCGGGCAUUCGAGAAACUGUGAAGUGUGGGCCAGUGCGCCUUAGUGCCAGUGUAGUGGAGUAGUGUCGUGUGCCUCGGGCAGUAUGCGGCAGGCGAGCUGACUGUGAGUAGAACGACCGCCGGCCGGAGUGGUCCGCGGGCCCCUAUGUAUUCUUACAUAUUUUUUGUGAUAUAAUGUAAAUAGCUUACUUGUUGUACUGUUUUAGUAAUAUUUUAUUUAAAUAAUUCAAAGCAUAUUAUGUAUUUAUUUGACUGAAAUCUUUUAAUUUAGGUUAACGAAUUUUAAUUAUUAAUGAAAAAUAUAUCGAUUUGAAAAUUUAA